UACGACUGUGGUGAGGAACCUUUUUGGAUAAUGCACUAAUACCCACCAAACCACUUUUUUCUCUAAUCCCACUGAUCACCAUCCCACCUUUUUACACACAGGCUUCUCUUACACCAACCCUAACCCGAUCCCUUUCCAGACCCAAGCGAAUUAUAUUUUCCACCAAAAUUAUUUUCAUUCAGGGCCCAACUCGACCCAAAGGGGAAAUAGAGCUUCUGCUCGUGGACAUGGGUCCCGAAACCAUUCAACAAGCCCAUUUUCCCAGAAGAAGAAAAGAAAGACAAAUAUUCAAGAGAAUGAAACCGAAGAAGACCCUCCUCUGCGUUCAACCAAGCUGAAGAAGGAGAAGACAUGACUGAUGAAGAUCUAGUCAUCCCGCCAUGAUUUGAAAACUCUCUUGCUGUGGUACCGGUGGCCGAUUCCAAGCCUCCCAGAGCACCAUGAACGCCCUGGUGUGGAACUGUAGGGGAUUCACGCAGACUCCUACAGUUCGCCAGUUGAGGAAGAUGGUUAAGAGGUUUAGCCCAUCUUUCAUUUUUCUGUCUGAGACUAAGAAGAAGGAAUCUUAUAUGGAACGAAAAAGAAAAAGUAUAAAAUUUGCAGAUAAGUUCUACGUGAACCCAGUUGAGAGAGCAGGAGGACUAGCCCUGUGGUGGGUGGGUGGUCUCCCUAUCAAGAUUCUGGAUAGCAGUAGAUUCUUUAUCGAUGCUUUUGUUGAUGUUAAGGGGGGCUUUUUCAUCACUUUUGUUCAUGCUCCUUCUGAUCCGGCUGUCCGUAGGGAGUUUGGGAUCGAAUUAGUAAUCUUAGAACUAAUAUGGAGGAUAAAUGGCUUGUAAUUUGGGAUAUGAAUGUUGUGCUAUUUUCGGAUGAAAAGAAGGGAUGAGGGCCUCCUAGAAACGAAUCUGUAAUCCCUUUCAAAGCCUUUGUUGAUGAUAAUGCAUUAAUGGAUAUCGGAUUUAAGGGCUACCCUUUCACUUGGAAAAACAAUCAAGAAGGUCAGAGAAGAAUUGAAGUUAGACUGGACAGGGCUCUGUGUACAGCUGCCUGGUUUGCCAUGUUCAGUAAUACUAUUGUGUUUCAUGAGCUGCCGCUAGAUUCGGAUCACAACCCCUUGAGAAUUGAAUUCGAGGGUCUUAAAUCUCGAACAAAGACUCCUUUUCGGUUCGAUGCAAGAUGGCUCCAAAAAGAAGAAUGUCAUGAAAUUGUGAACCGAAAUUGGGACGCAGUAGGUUUGUGUGAGGAUAGAAUGAGGAAAUGUGAAAAGGAACUGGAGACUUGGGCUAAACAAAUGUAUCAGGAUCAAAACAAGAGAUUGAUGGAAAUCCAGAAAAGGCUUGAGGAGAUUCUCCUUAAUGAUCGAGCAGAUGAUAUUAUUGAGGAGGAGAAAUGUCUUAUGAAUGAGCUAGCUUCGAUUUGGAAGGAUGAAGAGUUGUUUUGGAGCCAAAGGUCGAGGAUUAAUGGACUCCAAAAAGGAGACCAAAAUACCAACUUCUUUCAUUCAUCCACUGUACAUCGGAAACAAAGGAACAAGAUUGUUUCACUGAAGGAUGAGGAUGGAAACUUAUUCUCACACCGGGCUGAUAUUUCAUCACACGUCACUGAAUUUUACCAUUCUUUCUUCACUAAGUCUGACAGAAUUGAGAGCUCUACCAUCCAGGAUUUUCCUAAGCUUGUGACGCAAGAACUGAAUGAUGAAAUGUGUAUCAUGCCAACUGUGGAGGAGAUAAAAGCCGUUGUGUUUAAUCUUGGGCCGACAAAGUCCUCAGGACCAGAUGGUUUCACGGGAAUGUUCAUUAGGAGAUUUUGGUCCAGGGUUGGACCCGAUUUCUGCAAGGAAGUUCAGGGAUUCUUUCACACGUCGAUCAUGCCACAAGGAUGGAACGAUGCCCAUAUCGCUCUCAUACCUAAAGUUCAAUCACCGGAAAUGAUUUCACAGUUCAGACCUAUUAGUUGUUGCAACUUUAGGUACAAGAUUAUAUCAAAGAUCCUUGCUAGCAGGAUGAAGAAGUGGCUGCCAGGUUUAGUUUCUGAGAUGAAGGCGGCUUUUACGAGAGGGGGAAUGAUUCAGGAUAAUAUUAUCAUUCUCCAUGAGAUUCUUCAUCAAUUUAAGAAUCAUCGAAAUGGGGAUUGGGAUAUGAUGAUCAAGCUUGAUAUGUGUAAAGCAUAUGAUCUGGUUGAUUGGGAGUGCCUGGACACUAUUCUUGAAGCUUAUGGUUUCUUGGAGAAGUGGAGAGGAUGGGUCAAUGCAUGUAUUAGAACUAUAAAGUUUUCUAUCCUGUUGAACGGCAGCCCAACAGAGUCGUUCUUUCCCACCCGAGGCAUUAGACAAGAUGAUACAAUCUCGCCCUUCUUGUUUAUCCUUAUGUCUAACACAUUGUCCUUUUUGAUUGAUAAAGCACUGUCCAGAGGCGAGAUUCGUGGUAUUAAACUUAAUCAGAAUUGCCCAAGAGUAUCACAUUGCCUUUUCGCUGAUGAUACGGUGAUCUUUGGUAAAGCAAGUGUCAAUGAGGCUGAUCAUAUACAGAGAAUACUGAGGCAUUAUGGAGAGGUUACCGGGCAAGAGAUUAAUGCUUCAAAAUCCUCAAUUUUCUUCAGCAAAAAUACACCAGAAGCAAUUCGAAAUUUGGUGACUAAUAAGUUUGGUUUUCCCCCGUCUAUCUGUCAUGAUAAGUAUCUGGGAGUUCCAUCUGAGUGGGGAAGAUCGAAAAAAGAAACUUUUCAGUUCUUGUUGGAUCGAAUGGAGAAGAAGGGAGAGUCAUGGAAGAGUCUCUUGUUAUCUCCAGGAGGGAAGAAAGUGCUACUAAAAGCUGUAAUUCAAGCAAUCCCUUCUUAUAUCAUGAGCGUCUUUCUUCUUCCUUUAUCCCUUACUUGCAAGAUGGACUCUAUUCUUAAGAAGUUUUUCUGGUCGGGAUCCAUGAAAAAGAAGUCAAUACAUUGGUGUAAUGCUCGAGUUCUAGAAAAACCGAAGGAAGAAGGAGGAGUGGGUUUCAGGAAUUUCCACUGUUCAACCUGCACUUAUUGGUAAACAAGUAUGGCGAAUGCUUGAGAACCCUGAUGCAUUAUGGGUACAAUUAUUUAAGGGUCUCUACUUUGCCAAUGGGGACUUGUUUUCAGAUUCAAAAGGAAGAAAAGGAUCAUGGAUUUGGAAUGGCUUCUGUGAUGCCAAGGAUGCUUUAAAGAUUGGAUAGGUUAAAGGGAUUAUGUCUGGGGAAGGAACGAAGUUUCAUUGUGAUCCAUGGUUACCAUCUAUUCCAUCGUUCAACCUCAAGAGCCUUAAUUUGGAACCAUCACGAGUUUGUGAUUGGAUUUCUCCCUCAACUCAGGAAUGGAAUGUGGAGGCUUUACAAGAGGUUAUCCCACACGAGAUGAUUAAGGCUAUCAAGAGUAUUCCAAUCGGACCAUCUACAUAUGAAGAUAAGUGGUUGUGGAAGCACACAACCACAGGAGCAUACAAGGUAAGUUCAGCUUAUAGAUCUUUACGUGAAGCUAGAGACCAUUCUUCUUUGUCUUUGUUUGCAGGUUCAAAUGAGGCUCACCCCAAUAGGCAAGACUGGAAAUGGCUCUGGUCUCUUUCAGUCGCCCCAAAGCUUCGUUUCUUCAUCUGGAAGAGUGCGAAACAUGCAAUUGCGACUCGUGCCCGUCUUUUCCUAGGAUGUGUUCGACUGGUCCGAUGUGCCCCAUAUGUGAGUAGAAAGUGGAGUUGAUCAUGCACAGGUUCUUUCAUUGUUAGCAUGCUGAGAGUACAUGGGAGUGCUUUGGAGGUCUGUCCACCCCACCGACACUCGAGAAUACAUUCGCUGAGUGGUUCUUCUCCCUUAGAGAGAAUGUGUCGGAUGAGGCGAUCAAGAGGAUUAUAUGUUGCUUAUGGAAUAUUUGGAUCGCUCGGAAAGGGUUCACUUUCGAGAACAGGGCUAUUUCCCCGCCCUCAACGGCUACUUUAGCUCAGAGAGAAUUUCUAGGCUUGACUGAAGCUAGAAAUUGUGAUCGUUCUAACUCUUCUAUACGUCCAGCUAUGGAGCCUACUCAACCUAGGGGAUCCCGAUCUAACCCCUCACCACCGCCUAGUGCCUUUCAUAGGAUCGUGCACUAUGAUGGUUCCUUUGUUUCUGAAUCACAGAUGGCGGCUUGUGGGAUUACAAUUGUUAAUUCCCAUGGUCAGGUGUAUGACGACAAGGUUAAGAGAUUCUUUUGUUCCAGUUCGAUGCAGGCGGAAGCUUAUGCUAUUCUCAAUGCAGUGAUCUUGGCGGCUCGGGAACAGAGCUCAGCUUGUGUCAAAUUUGAUUGUCAGAUUUUGGUGAAUGCUCUUAAGCUUGUUCCAGACCUAUGGCCUUGGCAAUGUCGCGCUUUACUUGCUCGUGUCUCGACCAUUCUCAUUUCGGCUCCGUGGGUGAAAGUGAUGUUUGUUCAUCGAUGUCACAAUCUGCUAGCCGAUUGGGUUGCUCGUAAUGCUAGAUUAGAUGCUCUCUCACGAGAUUGGAUCGUUAUUGCUGAUCUCCUUUCACCACUGUUGUAAUCAAUUAUACUUCCACCGCUUCGAUUUGGAAUAAAAGUGCCCCAAUUUG